AUGGCAGCUUGUCUGAGGCUUCACGGUACUACAGUGACUUCUUUGAUCACUGCUAAGAAAGCCAAUAAAGAGUGGUUGAUGAAUGAAUGGUACUACGUCCUUUCUCCAUUGAUUUACUCGACACAGGCUUUGUGUACAGGAUAUCAGAUCUUUUCAAUGAGGCAUUGUCUGCGACUGCUCUCUCCGAAGGCAUCGAGACUUUGUGUGCCAGACCGCCUCCUAGCAUGGGACUGGACUCUGCAGAGCUUAAAUAUCUCGAGGCUUUCCAGCUUCCAGUGCUUUCCUUUCUUCAUACCAACAAUACGCAACAAAACACCAUCUUCAUCUUUGAGGCGAGAAAAGCAACUCAUCACAAGACUUUGCUAUCUCAACUUCGCUGCUCUUCUCAACUUCAAAGCUGAAGACCCAUCAACACACUCACCAACCAUCCAAAACUUCUCCGACUUUCAUCCCACCUUGACCAUGCCUUCUGAUUCGCACUCCUCCGGCAAGUCGUCUUCGAGCUCCGGCUUCGGCUCGUCGUCUAGCAAGAAGUACAGCUCUUCAUCCGGCUCUAGGUCUUCCUCUUCUGGCUCCAACUAUUCUUCCCGCACAAUAACCUCCCGAGACUACGACCGCUUGGCGACUGCUGUGACUGCAGCGGCUCGCUCACAGUAUGGGACCUACGGUGGCACCGUCCGUAACUCCAACGGCAACUAUGGAAGAAGAGGCGCGGUCUCCGAGGCUGACAGCUACUUCUCUUAUGCCCGCGUGGAUUGA